UGCGCAACUAUAUAUACAGCUUCAAACUUCCGGUCCUACGAGUCAGCUGAUCAGUUUCAUUCUUGUCUGCUUGAUAGUUCUCUCAACUAUGUCUGGAAAGGAUAAACUUGCAAUUUUCCCUUCUCGGGGAGCGCAAAUGUUAAUGAAAUCCCGUUUACAUGGAGCACAAAAGGGUCAUGGUUUGUUAAAAAAGAAAGCAGAUGCAUUGCAAAUGCGUUUUAGAUUAAUUCUGGGUAAAAUUAUUGAGACAAAAACUCUUAUGGGAGAAGUAAUGAAAGAGGCAGCUUUCUCAUUGGCUGAAGCCAAGUUUGCAACUGGAGACUUCAAUCAAGUAGUUCUUCAGAAUGUGACAAAAGCUCAAAUUAAAAUUAGAUCUAAGAAAGAUAAUGUUGCUGGUGUUAAUCUUCCAGUGUUUGAGUCCUAUCAAGAUGGUACAGAUACCUAUGAGUUAGCAGGUUUGGCAAGAGGUGGCCAGCAAUUGGCAAAAUUGAAAAAGAAUUAUCAAAGAGCAGUGAAGUUAUUAGUGGAAUUAGCGUCUUUACAAACAAGUUUUGUAACCUUGGAUGAAGUUAUUAAAAUCACAAACCGCCGUGUAAAUGCCAUUGAACAUGUUAUCAUCCCAAGAAUUGAAAAAACUCUUGCUUAUAUAAUUUCUGAGCUGGAUGAAUUGGAAAGAGAAGAGUUCUAUCGAUUAAAAAAGAUUCAGGAUAAGAAGAAACAAAUAAAAGCAAAGGCUGAAGCAGCUAGGGCAGAGAUGAUAGCUUCUGGCAGAGAAUAUGUAGAAACUGCGAAUAUUCUAGAUGAAGGAGACGAUGAUAUUUUAUUUUAAACACUGUACACAACAUGUUUUCACACUCUGAAGUAUUAAAAAAAUAUGUUUUAAUUCUGAAUGAAUGUGUCAAAGAAUGAGUCCAACAAGGCAUGAGAAUAGAUUUAGUCCUUUCACAAAUAUCAUUGGACAAUAUUAAUUUCACAGUAGAUAGCUAUAUUAUACAGAAGAUUGUAUUAUAAAAAUAUGAAACAUCUGUACAAGCAGAUGAUAAUGUGUUUAUGGUAUUACUAACAUUUUUUAAUUACAAUAUAUCAUUAUAAUAUGAUAUAAUAAAUGAAAAAUGUUAUUAAUAUUUUUUAUCAAUUGUAUAUUAUUGACUCGAUAUUUGUUGAAACUGUAUUUGGUGCAUACAAUGUACUCAUAUUGUUAUAUUGAUAAAGAUAUAAUUUUACGCGAUCAAUUUGCGGCAACAGCAACAUUACGGAAGAUUAUAGAAUCAAUUAUCUAGUAAAAAUUUAUGAAGAAUAAAGAUAUUCAUAUACAUAUA